AUGGCUGAAGAUUCUGAGCUAUGGGAUGUCAUAUGUGAUGGAUCAUUUGUUCCUACCAAAAACCUUGGCGACCCACCAGUAGCCUUUCUCAAGACAAGGAAAGAAUUCAACGAUACAGAUAGAAAGGCCAUAGAGAAGAACUUUUAUGUUAAGAAAAUUCUAGUAUUGGACCAGAUGAAUACAACAGGAUAUCAGCAUGUCAAACAGUCAAAAAUCGACAUGCUCACAACUGAAUACGAGCUCUUCAGGAUGCAAGACAAUGAAUCUGUCCAAGAAAUGCAUACCCAGUUCACCUCCAUCAUUAAUGAGCUUCACUCCCUUGGUAAAACUAUUGCAAGAAACAAGCUGGUUAGAAAGAUCCUAAGCAUGCUACCCAGUUCUUGGGAAAGCAAAGUGAAUGCCAUUACAGAGGCAAAGGACUUGCAGGAGCUAACUAUUAAUGAACUUGUUGGCAAUCCAAAAACAUACGAGAUGAAAAAGAAGAAAGACAGUGAAAGAAGAGAGCCCAAUAAGGAGAAUAACCUGGUCCUCAAAACAGAAAACAACGAGUCAAGCUGUGAAGAUGGUGAUAUGACAUACCUAACAAGAAGAUUCCAGAAGAUAGUUUGCAGGAAUGUUGGCAUUCCAAAAAGGGAAAGUUAUAGCAAGCCAAAGAAUUAUGAUCUCUUUCAUAAAUGUGGCAAGCCAGGACAUUUCAUGAAGGAUUUCCCUCUCCUAAAGCAGUAUCAGUACAAGAACAACUCUGACAAAGCAGCCAAAAGGAACCUGGUUCAUGACAGAUGCUUCAAUAGAAAAAAUGUCGCCGACAAUAUUGUGAGACAAGCUCUUGCUGCAUGGGGAGAUUCAUCAAGUGAAUCUGGAAAAUAUGAUGAACCAGGUAACAACUCUAUGAUGGCAGUAGAAAGUGAAUCAAUCGAGUAUGAUUCAAUUUUUGCUUUGAUGGCCCAGUCUGACGAUGAAGAUAACGAUGAUUAUGAGGUAAAUUUUCUGGAUGUUCAAGGAAAUCUGAAAUCUUAUUCUCCUAAGAAACUCAUGUCUUUGGCAAAUGUGCUAAUUGACACUUAUCAUAGUCUUGUAAAUGACAUAGAUGUCUUAACAGUUGAACUAGGAGAAGUAGAACAGUCUAGAGAUAACCUAGUAAUAGUUGCAGUCGAUCUAAGAGAGUCAAUUAAGAACCUGAAGAAAGAAAGAAAUGUCUUAAAGAAAAGGAUUGAAAAUGUAGAACAAGAAAGAGAUGACCUUCUAGUGGUAGUAAUGGACUUGAAGGAAACGAUUGGGAAACCUACAAUGGAAAGUAGGGAUGAAAAUUAUCAAAAAGGAAAGGAAGUUGCAAGCGAGGCACAUAUUAAGCUUGAGAAAUGA